CGCUAUGUGACAUUUUCGCUGACGAGGCUAUUAACUUAGAUUCACCAGAAUAAUUAUUCAUUAACUUUACUUGUGUGUUGAGGCUACGUGAUGGCGCAACAAUUAUGGGGAGGACGUUUCGGAGAGAAUGGAGGCCAAACAUCAGAUUGUCUAACAACGCUGAACUGUAGUUUGCCUACAGAUGCGCGCCUGUUUGCAGAUGAUAUCGAUGGUAGCAAAGCGUACGCAGAGGCUUUACUACGUGCUGGCUACUUAAAAACGUUAGAUUGUGAGAAAAUAUGUAAAGGUUUAGAAUUAGUGCGUUUCGACUGGAUUGAGGGUUGGAUUAAAUUUUUAAAUACCGAUGAAGAUGUACAUACAGUGAACGAGCGACGUCUAUGUGAGGUUGUCGGUGAAGUAGCGUUACGUUUGCAUACUGGACGUAGUCGCAACGAUCAGGUAGUUACGGAUCUUAAGCUUUGGUUACGUAAAGGCAUACGAGAGACUAUUACCAGCUUAUGCGGUGUUAUUAAGGCUGCCAUACAACAGGCUACGGUACAUAUUGGUGUUCUUAUGCCUGGGUAUACUCAUAUGCAACGUGCUCAGCCUAUACAGUUUUCUCAUUGGCUAUUGUCACAUGCAUUUGCACUACGUGAGGAUUGCGUGCGUUUGACUGAACUACGAGAACGUGCAAAUAUCAUGCCAUUGGGAAGUGGGGCAAUGGCUGGAAAUCCGCUUGGUAUUGACCGAGUAUGGUUGGCGAAACGGUUGGGUUUCUCUGCAGCUACGCAGAACAGCAUGCAUGCAGUAGGCGAUCGUGACUUUGUGGUUGACUUCAUUUACUAUUGUUCUCUUGCUAGUUUGCACCUCUCACGUUUGGCAGAGGAUCUUAUAAUUUAUACCACAAAGGAGUUUGACUUCAUAAAGAUCGCUGAUGCAUUUUCAACUGGUAGCAGUUUAAUGCCACAAAAAUGUAAUCCUGAUAGCUUAGAAUUAGUGCGUGGCAUUUCUAGUAGCAUAUGUGCUAAUCUGACCGGUAUCAUGAUGACUAUUAAGGGUACACCAACAACCUACAACAAAGAUUUGCAAUUCGACAAACAAUAUUGCUUCAGUUCUUUCGAUCAAUUGCAGCAAUCUUUAAGGGUAACCGAAGGUGUUAUUCGAACAAUGGAUGUGCAUAGACAUCAAAUGGAGUCUGCACUGAGUCCGGACAUGUUAGCAACAGAUUGGGCUUACUAUCUGGUACGCAAGGGUAUACCAUUCCGUAAGGCGCAUCAUUAUAUUGGCGAUGUAGUGGCGCAUGCGGAAAAAAUGGGCGUCGACAUAACUGAUAUAUCUUUGGGUGAUUUACAAAAAAUUUGCCCACAUUUUGGUGUUGAUAUACUAAAUUUAGUUGAUUAUCAAGUAAACGUUGAACAGUACAAUGUGGUCGGUGGUACUGCUACCAAAUCUAUAACCGAACAACUGAAAGUGCUCAGUGUAUUCGUGACUGAUAUGUUGAAAUCGGCUUAGUUCUAACAAGCCCCGAAGUAUCACUCAAAUUAUGCUACUUCAAGCUUAAAGGAAAAUUGGUUAAUAUUAAUAAUAAUUUGUUUUAUUUGUUUUAGAAAAACUUUACAUAACGGAAGCAGAAAAUUUAUUUU